CACCUUCGUUUGCUUGACCUCUCGCCCCUAUACUCAAGGUUUUUAAAUUAGCCAGCUAUCCUUACAAUACUAUCUCAACGGUCUUCUUUCGGGGCCUUACUCGUCACUCCUAUCUAUUUGCAGCAUGCCUGCCGAGCAGUCUGCGGCCAGCCCUUCUGGCGCCAAGGAAAACUCCAAGCAGUCCGCAGAGAAUGUCCAAGCCGGCGAUGAUCGCAAGGAACCUACAUCGCCUUCAAAAGAGAAGACGAAGGAAAAAUCAGGUGAAGAGGCUAGCGUGGAUGAGGCCAGUACGGACCAAAAAGACGAUGAUGCUGCUUCGAGAGCCCGCCAACGACAAGAAAGGUUCAAGGCUCUCCAGGCUCGCGCAAAAACCGCUACCGAGCGGAAUCUGAAAGAAACGGCUGCCGAAACACAGCGUCUCGCAACCGAUCCGUCACUGCUUUCCUCGCUCUCUCGCAAACAUGCUUUCGCAUCGCAUAACCUUCUCAAGGCUGACACAGAAGCCGCUGGCGAGGACUUCGAACGUAAGCGUGCAUGGGACUGGACUGUCGAUGAGUCCGAAAAAUGGGACAAGCGCAUGGAAAAGAAGCAGCGUCAUCGGGACAAUGUCGCAUUCCAGGACUACACCCAAGACGCGCGAAAAGUGUAUAAGAGACAGCUGCGGGAAGUACAGCCUGACCUUGAAACCUACGAGAGGGAGAAGAUGGCAGCGAUCGAAAAGGCUGCUGCCAAUGGCGAUCUCGAGAUCGUUGAGACCAACGACGGUGAAAUGAUCGCCGUCGAUAAGAACGGCUCUUUCUACUCUACAGCUGACAGUGUUGGCUUUACGGAGAACAAGCCCGACAGAGCUGCUGUUGACAAGCUCGUGGAUAAUCUUCGGAAAGCCGAGGAAGUCCGACUCAAGAAGCGGAGGGACCGCCGCGGAGACGAUGACGGCGACGUCACUUACAUCAACGAAAAGAACAAGCAGUUCAACCAGAAAUUAUCGAGAUUCUAUAAUAAGUACACUACGGAGAUUCGCGACAGCUUCGAGCGUGGUACGAUGAUCUGAUUUACGCUAAGGGAAUCCGAACCUGCAGGACAGUUCAAACGUACAAUCGCCUUGCAAAGGACCUGCAUGACAGCAACCUUAUGUGUGCGCUUUGUCAAUUUUCGUUUCUCUGCACCUCGUUCCGGACUAUACUGGACAACUGCAAAGAAGGCGUCCGACGAAUUCCCCUUGCAGGGUCCGCUACCCUGCUUGACGAAGUUGGCAUACCGGUUAUAGCACAUACGGGCCGCACCUAUCUCAGUCAUGCCAUCACCUUGACCAAGAUCUCAAGCUACUUGACGGUCUUUAGA